CCCUGCUUGGACGUCCGAGCGCAGUCCUUUCCGCCAUGCUAGGAGCAAGGAGGCACGUUCAGGAAUAAAUUCCGCGUUGAGCUCCGCGCCGGGGCUCAGUCCCUACCUCUUGCCGCUGCUUUUCAUCUCCCCGCGAAGAGCCGCCCGGUGCUUGCAGGGGAGGGGAGAGAGGAGACGGGGGGGCUGGGACCGACUACUUAUUCCUCACUCGGCGCGGGAGAGCGGAGCAGGCGGCUCAGUUGCUGGGGGACGGGGGCUCCUCUCGCGGAAAGACAGAGAAGCUCAAGAUCCAUUCAGAGCCUAAAAACUAGUCCGCGGAAAUGUCUGUGAAGUGAGCCAGUUCCCAGGCACAAGAUCAAGGGAUGGUUCGAGGCCUGUCAUGUCUCCUCUCUAAUGUUUUGUCCUUGUGACCCUCUUCAGCAGAGAGAUGCCUAGUUCUGUGCCUGCUCCCGCCAGCCCAGCCUUCUGUGGGUGACACACUCUUGCUGUCCCAGUGAAGGUUAUCUGGGUUGCUGGCGUCAUUACCUUACAAAAGAGAGAGAGAGAGGAGGGAGGAAUGAAUGAAUGAAAUUAUGCUGGCGAAGACAGAGCUGGAACUGAUGUGCAACGACUGAUGCUCUGCAGAUUUUGCCACAAGGCAAGUCAUUCCAGAGCCAACAAGUUCCUCCUUGCAAGCAGAGAGAAGCUGUGCUCUCUUCUCAGCCGCUAGUCUCUCUGCUCAGCGGUGGGCUAGUCUGUGCUCAGUGGGUCUAGAGGGCUUGGGCUGCAGGCUAGAAGACCAAGGGCUACAAUGGAAGAGAAUGUGUUCAGUGUGCAGCAGAUACAGCCCAAUGUCAUUUCAGUGAGACUCUUCAAGCGCAAGGUUGGGGGUCUCGGGUUCCUGGUAAAGGAACGCAUCAACAAGCCCCCAGUAAUCAUCUCCGACCUGAUCCGGGGCGGGGCAGCUGAGCAAAGUGGGCUCAUCCAGGCUGGGGACAUUAUCCUGGCAGUCAAUGGCCGGCCCCUGGUGGACAUGAGCUAUGAGAGUGCCCUGGAGAUCCUGAGGAGCAUCGCCUCAGAGACCUAUGUGGUUCUGAUCCUGAGAGGUCCCGAGGGCUUCACCACUCAUCUGGAGACCACCUUUGCCGGGGAUGGGAUGCCAAAGACUGUUAGAGUAACCAGACCUUUGUGCCCAACUGCCAAAGCGGUCGACUUGUCCAAUCCAAGCAUCCACGGCAGAGAUCUGCAGCAGGGUGCAGACCAUACCAUGGGCUCGGCUAGUUCAGCCUGGGCCAGGGAGAACAGGCAGGAAGCAGAGUCCCUUGUGCACGUCAAUGGUGUGGUUACCAGCACCAAAGGCGAGGACUCUUUGAAGGGAAGGGACAAUGCCAGUGCCAAUUCUUGCCUCAACGGUGGCGUCGAAAACAAUGAGCUGCUAAAAGAAAUAGAGCCAGUCCUGAAACUCCUGAAGAGCGGCAGUAAGGAACUCAACGGAGACACGCCAACCAAGGUGGAGACAAGAGAUAUAGAAGUCCAGGUGGACUGUUUCAGGGAAGUGGACAAGCCCCAGAAACCUGUGCCAGCCGGGAUGGAAAAUGACCGAGUUUUCAAUGACCUGUGGGGGAAGAGCGACACGCCCGUCGUCCUGAACAACCCCUACUCGGAAAAGGAGCAGCCACCGCCAUCUGACAGACAGUCCCCAACUAAGAACUUGGUGAAUGGAAGCCCGUCUAAGUGCCCACGGUUUGCCAAAGUCAAGAACUGGGAGACUGGCUCGGUGCUUCACGAUACCUUACAUCUCAAGACAGCCAUGGCCAGUGCGUGUACAGAGCAGAUCUGCAUGGGCUCAGUAAUGACGCCCACCCAGCAUAUCCGGAAGCCAGAAGACACCAGGACAAAAGAGCAGCUGUUCCCCUUGGCUAAGGACUUCAUUGAUCAGUACUACUCCUCCAUAAAGAGGUUUGGCUCCAAGGCCCACGUGGAGAGGCUGGAAGAAGUGACCAAGGAGAUUGAAACCACAGACACCUACCAGCUGCGGGACACAGAGCUGAUCUACGGAGCAAAGCACGCCUGGCGUAAUGCAUCCCGCUGCGUGGGCAGGAUUCAAUGGUCCAAGUUACAGGUGUUUGAUGCCCGAGACUGCACCACAGCCCAUGGGAUGUUCAAUUACAUCUGCAACCACAUCAAAUACGCCACCAACAAAGGGAAUCUCAGGUCUGCUAUCACCAUCUUCCCCCAGAGGACAGAUGGCAAGCACGACUUCCGAGUCUGGAAUGCCCAGCUCAUCCGCUAUGCUGGCUACAAGCAGCCAGACGGUACCAUUCUGGGGGACCCAGCCAACAUGGAGCUCACAGAGAUCUGCAUCCAGCAAGGGUGGAAGGCACCCAAGGGGCAAUUUGAUGUCCUGCCACUCCUCCUCCAGGCCAACGGCAAUGAUCCGGAGCUCUUUGAGAUCCCCCCGGAGCUGGUGCUGGAAGUACCCAUCAGGCAUCCCAAGUUUGCCUGGUUUAAGGACCUGGGGCUGAAGUGGUACGGUUUGCCUGCGGUGUCCAGCAUGCUGCUAGAGAUCGGAGGCCUGGAGUUCACUGCCUGCCCCUUCAGUGGCUGGUACAUGGGCACUGAGAUCGGCGUCCGCGAUUACUGUGAUAACUCUCGCUACAACAUGCUGGAGGAAGUAGCCAAAAAGAUGAACCUGGACAUGAGGAAAACCUCCUCGCUGUGGAAAGACCAGGCGCUGGUGGAGAUUAACAUCGCUGUUCUGUACAGCUUCCAGAGCGACAAGGUGACCAUUGUGGACCAUCACUCAGCCACAGAGUCCUUCAUCAAGCACAUGGAGAAUGAGUAUCGCUGCCGCGGGGGGUGCCCUGCUGACUGGGUGUGGAUCGUCCCCCCGAUGUCCAGCAGCAUCACCCCGGUCUUCCAUCAGGAAAUGCUCAACUAUCGGCUCACGCCCUCCUUCGAGUACCAGCCUGACCCUUGGAACACGCACAUCUGGAAAGGGGUCAAUGGGACUCCCACCAAAAAGAGAGCCAUCGGUUUUAAAAAGCUGGCCAAAGCCGUGAAGUUCUCUGCCAAGCUGAUGGGGCAGGCAAUGGCCAAGAGGGUCAAAGCGACCAUCCUCUAUGCCACGGAAACGGGGAAGUCCCAGGUCUAUGCAAAAACCUUAUGUGAAAUCUUCAAGCACGCUUUCGAUGCCAAGGUGAUGUCCAUGGAUGAGUACGACAUAGUCCACCUGGAACAUGAAACUCUCGUCCUGGUGGUCACGAGCACCUUCGGCAACGGAGACCCACCGGAGAAUGGGGAGAAAUUCGGCUGUGCGAUGAUGGAAAUGAGGAAUCCCAACUCUCACCUGGAAGAGAGGAAGAGCUACAAGGUCCGUUUUAACAGCGUCUCCUCUUACUCGGACGCACGGAAGUCUUCGAGCGACGGGCCCGAAGCCAGGGACAACUUUGAGAGCACAGGGCCUCUGGCUAAUGUCAGGUUCUCGGUGUUCGGCCUAGGAUCACGUGCCUACCCCCACUUCUGCGCCUUUGCCCGCGCCGUCGACACCCUGCUGGAGGAGCUGGGAGGGGAGCGCAUCCUCCGCAUGGGGGAGGGGGAUGAGCUCUGUGGCCAGGAAGAGUCUUUCAGGACGUGGGCCAAAAAGGUUUUCAAGGCAGCGUGCGACGUGUUCUGUGUGGGAGAUGACGUGAACAUUGAGAAGGCCAACAACUCCCUCAUCAGCAACGACCGGAGCUGGAAGAGGAGCAAGUUCCGCCUGACCUACGUGGCUGAGGCCCCCGAGCUCACGCAAGGUCUGUACAGUAUUCACAAAAAGCGAGUCUAUGCCGCCCGGCUUCUCACGCGCCAGAAUCUGCAGAGCCCAAAAUCCAGUCGGUCAACAAUUUUCCUGCGACUUCACACCAACGGGCAGCAGGAGUUGCGCUACCAGCCUGGAGACCACCUGGGAGUGUUUCCAGGCAACCACGAGGACUUGGUCAGCACCCUGAUGGAGAGACUCGAGGAUGCACCCCCAGCCAACCAGCUGGUGAAGGUGGAGCUCUUGGAGGAGAGGAGCACAGCUUUAGGUGUCAUCAGUAACUGGACGGAUGAGAACCGCAUCCCACCCUGCACCAUCUUCCAGGCGUUUAAGUGCUACCUGGACAUCACCACGCCUCCCACCCCGCUGCUGCUGCAGCAGUUUGCCUUACUGGCCACCAGCGACAAGGAGAAGAAACGUCUGCAGGUCCUUAGCAAGGGCUUGCAGGAGUACGAGGAAUGGAAAUGGUCCAAGAACCCCACCAUAGUGGAGGUGCUAGAGGAGUUCCCGUCUGUGCAGAUGCCCUCCACCCUGCUGCUCACCCAACUGCCCGUGCUGCAGCCUCGCUAUUAUUCCAUCAGCUCCUCCCCCGACAUGUCACCGGACGAGGUGCACCUCACCGUGGCCGUGCUCUCCUACCGCACUAGAGAUGGGGAAGGACCGAUACACCAUGGGGUCUGUUCCUCCUGGUUCAACCGGAUACAGGCUGAUGAAGUUGUGCCCUGUUUUGUAAGAGGAGCUCCUGGGUUCCACAUGCCACAAGAUCCCCAGGUUCCCUGCAUCCUGAUUGGCCCAGGUACAGGAAUCGCCCCAUUCCGGAGUUUUUGGCAGCAGCGGCUCUUUGAAAUCGAGCACAAAGCACUGAAGCCCUGUCCGAUGAUUUUGGUCUUUGGGUGCCGACAGUCCAAGAUCGACCACAUUUACAAAGAGGAGACCCUCCUAGCCAAAAACAAAGGCAUCUUCAAAGAGCUGUACACAGCCUAUUCCCGGGAACCAGACAAACCAAAGAAAUACGUGCAGGACGUGCUGCAGGAGCAGCUGUCUCAGUCUGUGUACAAAGCGCUGAAGGAGCAGGGAGGCCACAUCUACGUGUGCGGGGACGUCACCAUGGCCGGGGAUGUCUUCAAGGCCAUUCAGCGCAUCGUGAAGCAGCAGGGCCAGCUGUCCGUGGAGCAGGCUGGCGCUUUCAUUAGCAAGCUGAGGGAUGACAACCGAUACCACGAGGAUAUUUUUGGAGUCACCUUGCGUACAUAUGAAGUGACUAACCGCCUUCGAUCUGAGUCGAUUGCCUUCAUUGAGGAAAGCAAAAAGGACACGGAUGAGGUUUUCUGCUCAUAACCAGAACCCCUUGCCCCAGACGGGAUGCCAAACCAGCUGCAGUGGCAGCCACCCCUCUCCAGCCGGAGGGCGCUGGGUUUUGUAUUUACACGGACACGGCGGCUCCUUUUCUGCGGGACCUGCCCACGGAAAGUGCUCUGUCUCUCGUCCUGUCGUCGUGUCCCGAUGAUGAUGAUUUCCCUUUCCUUUCUCUCUCUGUCGUCCUGUGGCGGUUUCUUUUCACUCCUUGUUUCCCUCCUCGGAGUCCCCCGCUGAAGUGCGAUGGCUUUAUAAUCCGCAGUGGCUCUUACGAAACUACGUUUCUUCUUCGCUCGGUCCGACGAGGGCGUUUCGCGGCUGCAUGAAAUCACCACCUUCGUGAUCAUCUGCAUUCUUUGGUGUUUGGGGGGGUGGGGCUGGAGUGGGGGGAUCCGGGCAGUGAGGACUGGAGAGAAGCUGUUUUGCCCGAGACCCCUUUCCCCACCUCAACGUGGCACUUGGCUGAAUGGCUGCAUCUUCCUCGCUUUGCUUUGGCCGCUCCGGGCCUGGCCCAGGGGGAAGUUGGAUGGAAAGGAAGUGCUGCCCUGCCCCCUUUCUUGCUGUUGAUGGAGGCACCAGAGCUUUGUUCUGUUUGAGGGGUGGGGUUUGUCUGUGUUCAAUGGGUAACAAUUCACCUAAGUGAGCUCUGUGCUGUUUGUAUCAUCAGUCCCACACCCCACCCCCUCUUGGCUCCGUCCUCAGUCCUCUCUUGCCUGUGUGCCCUGUGCUGAUCCUGCUGGUGCAAAAGUCUUCACGGGCAGUGUGCAGGUGCAGGCUGGUGCUUCUGCAAAGGGGCAGCACGGGGGUGCUCUCUGGUCACGGGGAAGCAGGGGAUGUACUGUCCACUCUGCAUCCAAACCUCCCCAGCCUGCAAUGGGAGUUAAGGGUAAAUGUGGCCAGCCGGCAUGAGAGGGCUACAGAUUAGCUGAGAUCCCUGGAGGAAAGAUUGUGACUCGGGCGUGGGUUGCGUCCUGUAGCUUCCCUGGAUUAACAGGACGCUGGCGGUGGGCACGUGAGUCCUCUCCAGCAAGGUAAGAGAACAUGUAAGGUGACAAGGCUGGGAGGCGGAGUAGCUCUGAAGCCAUCUCUGCCCAGGUCCAAGCAGCACCUGCUUAUAAAAAAGGUUGAUAGGAAGCCAGCAAGUAGCCGGUCUAUGGGGUCUACUGCGGCCAUUCCUGACCCCUGGUACCAGGCCUUCUGGGAGCCCCAUGUAACGCCCCAUUAAAUGAGUAACAGUUGCCUUGAAUAUUCAAAGCAUGGCAAGUCUGUCCUAGCGUGAUCUUGUGAGAUGUCCUUUCUCAGCAACGCCCCCCCCUCCCCUCCAGGAGCUGCAAAGCUCUCGUGCCAGGCUGGCUGCAACAGCCCCGGGUACCUCCACUCUGCAAAAAGCCCCAAAUCCUCUCCAUGCCCACUCUGCCUGCUGCAUGCACGGUGCCAUUCUUCAAAUUGCACAAGGCCUCUGGGCCGGGAGCUCUCAGGAGAGAGGGGGAGCAAGCCCGAGAAGAGAGGCACUGGUGCUGUCUAAUGCCAGGCUCUGAGGUGCUGACCGCUCAGAUCCACUGCACAGAUACAGCCCCGGGAGAGACUCUUACAGGAACUGCUACAGAGCUAUUUGGGCAUAAGCUUUUGUGGGUAAAAACCCACAAAAGCUUAUGCCCAAAUAAAUCUGUUAGUCUUUAAGGU